AUGGAGUUUUCCUCACCAGCCACCGGCCAUCGGCUUCUCGAUCUCGAGGACGACGACGACGAGCUGAGUGUGGUAGCGGAAUCGCCGUAUUUUACGCAGCCCACACAAGUCGUCGAACGACCGCAUUCAAAGCCGUCAGCCGCAGCUGGUUCUUCGCCCAGAUCCAUUGUCGAGGUGCCGGCCUCCUCGCCUUUCCGGCCACAGGCUCUCCAGCAACGGGCGGGACGAUUGGCAAACUUGAUGGCUCCUGCCGGAACAACAUUCAGGGCGCCUGCUCGGCGGCCCCUUCCCAUACCAAAGAGCGCCCCAAAGCGCGAGUUUAUCAUGAUUUCGGAUGAUGAGCUCGACGCGCCAAUCUACGCAGGGGGCGAUUCGUCAGACGACGACAAACAGCCGUCCAGAGGCGAUAUCCGCCCUUCCUCCUUUCGACGUAGGGAGCCGAAUGGUUCCGAAUCUGCCUCGGCAACUUCCAUAUCGACUCCAGAAAAGUCCUAUGUUCUGCAAAAGGACUGGGUAUCUCUUUCAUCUUCGUCGUCAGAGGAGAGUUUCGAGUCAUUGCGCCAGCCUCCUCCGCCUAAACCAACUCGCCGACGACUGGUGCAGGGCCGGCGGCCCCGCGCAUCCAGCCCUUCGAGUCCCGCGCUGAAGAGCAGUCAAGGCCGAAAUUCACCGCCACCGCGGCGAGUGAUUGAUCUCGUUAGUAGCGACGACGAAGACGACGGGUACAGACAGCCGAGAGCGCCCUCACAUCGUGCUUCAUCGUCGCCGGCGGAGGGUGAAGAGGGGGAUCCUUUUGAUGAGCGGGUCCUGAACUACCUGAAUACGUGCAAUGUCAUGCAAUUCGUCGCCAUUGCGAACAUAAAAGAAGAGAGCGCAAAGGUCAUGGUCUCACGCCAGCCGUUCGGAAGUUUGGAGGAGGCUCAGAAGGUGACGAUGUCCCAAAAGAAACGGGGCAAGAAGUCAGCCAAGCUCUCGAUAGGGGACGAGAUCGUUUCGGCAAUCAAAUCCUACGCCCGAUCGCUGGACGCGAUCGACCAUGUUAUCGCCAUAUGCGAGUCCCAAGCCGAGUCGAUCAAGGAGACAACGUCCAAAUGGAACCUCGACCAGACAGGCCAGUUGCGGACCGAGUCUCGAUCUGAUGACGGGAAGCCAAUGACUCCAAUGAGCAUGGAGGACUCCGCGAAACUGGUUGACGUUCCUCUGCGCCAGCCGAGACUCAUGGAGGGCUGCGUCAUGAAGCCGUUCCAGAUAUACGGCCUCAACUGGCUGUAUCUGCUGUAUAAGAACCAGUUUGGCGGUAUUUUAGCCGACGACAUGGGUCUCGGUAAAACCUGUCAGGUUAUCGCUCUCAUGUGUGCGAUUGUGGAGGACUGGGAGAUGAAUGGACACAGCAAGGGCGAUCGGCCAUGGCCCAACAUCAUCUUUGUCCCACCGUCCACCUUAGCAAACUGGGAGGCCGAGUUCAAGCGGUUCGCACCAAACAUCAAGGUCACACUCUACCAAGGCAGCCAGUCGGCUCGAGACCAGAUCGCCGACGAGAUCUCGGACGAUCCCUGGAACCACCAGGUCGUUCUGACCUCAUAUUCUCAGCUCUCGAGGAAUGAGGACAUUUUGAACCUGCGCCGGCUCCAUCCCAUGGUGCUCGUGUUUGACGAGGGGCACAAAAUGAAGAACCCGAAAGCGAAGCUGUACAGGGAUCUGCUCCGGGUUACAGCAAACUGGCGGCUCGUCUUGUCGGGAACGCCCGUUCAAAACAACCUGAUGGAGAUGAUCGCUCUCCUUCGAUUUGUGGAGCCGAAUGUCUUUCAGGAUUCCUUCGAGAGCUUGGAAGCGCUGUUUAACCAGAGGCUCUCACUCACAGCGGUUUCCAAGGGCGCGCUGCUGCACAGCGAGCGUGUCGGGCGUGCCCGAACGAUAUUGGAGCCGUUUAUUCUGCAGCGCAGAAAAGAACAAGUUCUCAAAGAUUUGCCGCCGAAGACAACCAGAAUUGUCACCUGCAAGAUGGAUCCAGUCCAAGAGUCGAUGUACCGAGAUUACGAGAGACGGUUCAGAAAGACGGAUUCUCACGAGCCGGCCCCCCGUGUAAAGGAAGGACGGGACAACGAUACGAAUAACGUGUGGGUUCAGUUGCGCAAAUCGGCCAUCCACCCGCAGCUGUUCCGCCGGUUCUACAAGGACCGAGAUGUCGAGAAGAUGGCCGAGAUUUUGAUGAAGAAGGUUCCGCAGGCCGAACUGAGGCAGCCGAGACUCGAUCAUUUGACGAACGAGCUCAAGGCUCUUUCUGAUUUCGAGCUGCACCUCUGGUGCAGAGACUACAAAUGCAUCAAAAGCUACGAUCUCCCGGACGGCUCCUGGAUGGACUGCGCCAAAGUCAAGGCGCUCCUCGAGUUGAUUCGCGAGUACCAGGCAAAUGGGGACCGCGCCCUCGUCUUCACCAGGUUCGCCAAGGUGAUUGAGAUCCUGGGCGAGUGCCUCGCGUCGGAGGGAAUUGAGUACCUCUCACUCCAAGGGAAUACAGACGUCAGUUACCGGCAGGAAUUAAUCAAUGAAUUCAACGCCGACGAAUCCAUUCCCGUCUUCCUCCUCACGACCGGCUCCGGCGGGACGGGCAUCAACCUGACGGCGGCCAACAAGGUCAUCAUCUUUGACCAGUCCGACAACCCGCAGGAUGAUAUCCAGGCGGAGAACCGAGCCCACCGUUUGGGGCAGACGCGGCCGGUCGAGGUCGUCCGGCUGAUCAGCGAGGGCACGAUCGAAGAGCUGGUGAACAAGGCGUGCGAGAAAAAGCUCGAGCUCGCCAACAAGGUGACGGGCUGGAGCUCGGUCGAGAUGACGUCGGGCGAGAUGGAGUCGGCCGUUAAGAGCGAGCUGCUGCGGCAGGCGGCGGCCACGCCUCCGAGCGGGGAUUGA